AUGGAAUCCAACACAAGCUUCGGGCAGUCUGUUCCUCCGAUGGCGGCACCUGCACCUCAGCGUCGACAAAGCAGCCGAUCGGAUAAAAUCCGCUCUCUCGUCAGCGACUACGACCUGUCUUGCACCUCAAAAGACGAUUCUGUUCUCAAGGGUAUCAAGGUUGAAAACCUAAUUGGGUUUUCCCAAGUACCACUCGGCCUUGCGGGCCCGUUGGACAUAUCCGGCCCCAACUUCGACACCACUCUUUUUGCACCUCUUGCGACAUACGAACCUACCCUUGUUGCUAGUUGCUCCCGCGGCUGCAAGGCAUUCAAUCUUUCAGGUGGUUUGAACUUCGAAAUCCUUGCGGAAGGCAUGUCUCGAGCCCCCGUGUUUGUAUUCGAUAAUCCCGGCCACGCACUCGCCUUUGCUCGUGCUAUCCCGUCUUUCCGCGCCAGCUUCGCAAAAUGGGCCGAGUCGACGAGCUCACACGCACGGCUCCAGGACUUGAGACCCUCCGUCAUUGGUUCCCAGGUCCAUCUCUUUUGCAGCUACCAUUGUGGAGGUGCAGCUGGACAGAACAUGGUAACAAAGGCUACAAAGCAUGCGUGCGACAUGCUUCUGAGCCUUUGCCGGGUAGAGUUCUCUAUUCGAGAGUUCUUGAUCGAAGGAAACGUGUCGUCCGACAAGAAACCUUCCUGGGGCAACGUCAAGACUCCUAGAGGCGUGGAAGUCAUGGCUUGGGGCACACUUACGCCAGAAGCCAGCCAAUCAAUUCUGGGUGUCAGCACCGAGCGUCUCUAUUGGACACAUCAAGCUGCCAAAGAGGGUGGCAUUCGCAAUGGUCAGUUUGGAUCAAACUUCAACACAACGAACAUCAUUGCCGCCAUGUUCAUUUCGACGGGACAAGAUCCUGCCAGCGUCGCUGAAGGAUCAUGGAGCCACCUCACGUCAGAGCUGGACCCUGUUACGAAGAAUUUGACAAUGUCUCUCUACAUUCCCUCCUUACCGGUCGGGACAGUUGGUGGCGGAACUGGGUACUCUACACAGAAGGAGGCGCUUAAACUUCUCGAAUGCGCCGCGCCAGAUAUGAAAGGUCGAUUGGCUGGGGUUAUUGCCUCCUUUGCACUGGCCCUGGAUCUCAGUACCAGCGCAGCUAUCGCGAACGACACCUUCACGCGGAGUCAUAUGGCUCUUGCUCGAGGAGAGCGUCUUUCAAAGCUGUAG